AGGAUCUCUACGCUUCAUGUUGCUCUUUGAAUGAGCACAAACAAGUCUGGCAUACCGAGUGAGAGAUGAAUAAGCAAACAAAUGGGGCAGAUAGAGCAUCAUAAAGGGUGUCUGAACAACUUAAUGUAAUGACGACCAUGGACGUCCCCACUUCUCCAUCGGUCGUCUCGCCGACCUCUGCACAUUUCGGAAAACUAUUUCGGACCGACUCUUUCUACUUUUGUCCGUCUGUUUCUCCGCGACUGCCUGGGGGCAAGAUCAACUCUUCAAAUGACAAGACAGCGAACGAAUGCAAAAUGGUGGAAGUCCAUGGAUUAAAAGUUGCUUCUUUUAGUAUGGAUGGACAAGAGUUGAUCUGCCUUCCGCAGGUGUUCGACCUCUUUUUGAAACACUUGGUUGGUGGGUUGCACACUGUGUAUACUAAGCUGAAACGUUUGGAUAUUUGCCCGGUGGUGUGCACCGUUGAGCAGGUGCGGAUCUUGCGCGGAAUAGGGGCCAUCCAACCCGGGGUGAAUCGUUGCAAACUUAUCUCUCGGAAGGAUUUCGAGGCACUAUAUAACGACUGCACUUCCGCAAGUUCUCGCCCUGGCCGGCCUCCGAAACGCUCCUAUAGGCCUAACAUGCAAGAAAGUUCCCGUCUUCUGCAGUAUGGAGGCCACACGCUGCUCCCGCCAGGCCUGCUGUCACCAACAGGUCUUACAGCGGCAGCAAUGGCUGAGGCGAUCAAGAUACAGAGGAUGAGGAUGACUAUGAACUUGCACAAAAAUAAAAAUGACAGCGGUGCUGAGUGUGAGCUACAGGAGCUGAGCUCAAACACAGGAUCAGAUCUACCGUUCCAGAUGACGCCACACCCUGUACUUCCUGUUACCCUCCCUCGGACUUCUGUCACCUUGGUGAUGAACCAGAUGAACCACCUGAGUACGUUGACCAGCAUGGUCAACAGUGCAACAUUGCAGAGCUCAAGCACCAGACCUAUAUCUGUUAUCAAGGAGUGCUUUGGGGACGCACCGUCCCUGGCUGUGUCCAUGGACAUGGAUGGAGGAGCAGCAACCAUGACUGAGCACCUGCCCAAGCACAGGGGCAGAUCACCCACCACCAGCCCAGAGCACAUGAGCAGAUGCUCCCCACAUGGAGCAGCACUGAAUGCCCAUGAUGAGCAGAGGGGAGAGCAAGAAUCAGGGUCCAGACAAAUUCCUAUGGACACAGUGGGAGAUGGUGGAGAGAAAAUGUUGUUACAUCCAACUCCGGAAGUGAGCCAUAGAUUCCCUGCCACGUUCCUGUACUCUGAUGAUGCUUCCGUGGAGACAGUACUUACAAAUGUCCAGGGUCUGUUAAAGGUGGCCUUGGAAAAUGCCCGUGCACAGGAGAAGCAGCUUGAGCAGGAGAGAAGAGAGCUUAAGAUGGACCUCUAUAGAGAGAGGGAGAAGAGAGAGAAUCUGGAGAAACAGCUCACCUCUGAACUACACCGGAGAGCCACCAUUCUUAAGCGUCUCAGGAAGGAGAAGAAAGCCAAGCGGCGGCUGCAGGAGGCCCUGCAUUUUGAGUGUAAGAGAAGAGAGCAAGUGGAACAAGCUUUGCAGCACACCUCCUCACAUGUACUCACACACGAUAACACAGGUGGAGUUGGUCUGAACAUGGAAGUAGAGCACAACUGAACCUUGAG